AUGUCUCUGACUUCCUGGCAGUUGGACUGUGCUCCGGGCUUCCUAAGCGAGCUCCUGACAGAGGUGGACAGCGACCCGAUCACAGGGGGCCCCCUUCUUCUGAAGCCCCGGGGCUGCUUUGUCCUCGUCUUCCGUGUCUUCCCAAAGGAGGCGUCAGUUGACUCGGGGGCAGUGCGCCAGCAAGAGCUCGUUGGCUCCCUGGCGCUUUCCUGGCGUGUACCGGACGGACCUUCUGGGUGUCUGGAGGGUCACCAGAUUCGCAUGAAAGCAGUGCAGGUUCCCAGUCUGGACUUGCAGGUCGUGGACUGUCCCAACCAGGUGAAAGUUGAGGUUCCCUUCACUGUGGAACUGGAGGUCACGAAUCGAACGGCUGAGAAGGUCGAGCCAAAGAUGCACUUUGACCUUCGCAUGAUGGGCGCGGCUAAGCUGCUCAGUGUGGAGCGACGAUUGCCAGGUCUUCAGCCUGGAGACAGGCACCGCUUUCCUAUGCAGCUGCUGGUGACGGUCCCGGGCUUGCACGCCCUGAAUGGUGUGUUCGUUAUGGACGACCGGGUUCGGCAUGUGGGCGAAGUCAGUGAGCUCGCGCAGCUGGCAUCAUUUCAGAGGUAUUUGUGGUACUGA